AUCAAGGAAGAGCCUCAUGUUCUAAAACUGUGGGUUUUGUGGUGCGCGGAAUCUGCGGCAUUGUAUUGGAUGGAUCGAAAAGAAAGUCUGGCCUGACUCCAAGACUAAACCUCCCUUGUCGAACUACAACCACUAUCACUACUACGUUCAUGGUCGGAAGAAAAGAGUCAAGCAAUGCAUCGGUGGUUUUGUAUCUGCUAAAACCAGCCUGCCAUGGCCGAAGGAAAUAUCGACACUGCAUUCAAGGCAGCCAUCGACGCCGGCAAGAUCCAUGGCGCAAUUCUCUCUGCCACCGAUGCCGAGGGUCGCUUCGUCUACGAGAAGACUUUGGGCGAGCGUACUCUGCUGUCAGGGGAAAAGAAACCCCACCAGCCCGACGACGUGCUGUUCCUCGCUUCUGCCACCAAGCUACUCGCCACUAUUGCUGCGCUACAAUGCGUCGACGAUGGCCUGCUGUCUCUGACAGGCGACCUGUCGUCCGUAGCUCCCGAGCUAGCCGCGAAGCAGGUCAUCACCGGAUUCUCCGAGGAUGGCGAGACACCGCUGCUCGAGCCACAAGCACGCCCUAUCACCCUCGAAAUGCUGCUCACGCACAGCUCGGGUCUCGUUUACCAUUUUAUGAACCCGCUCAUCGCCCGUUGGCGCGAGAAAUUCGCUCUAAGUGCUCAAACCCUUGAGGAAGACGGCAAGCUACGAGUGGAAGAGACAUUCACCUAUCCACUCGCUUUCCAACCUGGUGCCGGCUGGAUGUACGGCCCAGGGCUUGACUGGGCCGGCCGGAUAGUAGAACGCGUAACGGGCAAGACGCUCGGCGACCGUAUGCAUGAGCGCAUCUUCAGCCCUCUCGGCAUCACAGACGCACAGUUUUAUCCAGUGACGCGUGAGGACCUGCGGGAUCGCCUGGUCGAUUUGAACCCUGAAGACCCCGACGCUACUGGGCGUGCUGUGCUAGGAGGUGGAGGUGAGAUGAAUCUGCGUACCAAAGGCGACUUCGGUGGCCAUGGGCUAUUCAUGACUGGCCCAGACUACGUCAAAGUCCUGCGCUCGAUCUUGGCCAAUGAUGGCAAGAUUCUUAAGCCGACGACGGUGAACGACAUGUUCCAGCAGCAUCUCGGCCCGGAAGCCUCCACGGCUCAUCAGGCAGCGUUGGCCAGCCCCUUUGGCGUCUUCUUCCGCGUCGGCGUUGCGCCUGGCUCGAAGGCAGGCUACGCACUAGGAGGCCUACUCACUCUAGAAGACGUUGACGGCUGGUACGGCGAGCGUACCCUCACAUGGGGCGGUGGACUGACAUUCGCCUGGUUCAUAGACCGCAAGAACGACCUAUGUGGCGUCGGUGCCAUCCAAGCUUCUUUGCCGGUUGAUGGAGAGACUAUCGAUGCUCUCAAACAAACCUUCCGUCACGACAUCUACCUCCAGCGGGCAGCGUGGCAGAAGCAGCAUGCGUAGUGAUGAGAUUGGAAGAAGAGUCAGCAACUCGAAGCACGCCAUCGUCUUCACAUUAUAGCGUCGAUAGUAAUUUCAAGGACCAUCCUCCGCACUUUCACGUCUUCUAUGAGC